CGGUGUUGCUCGUCAGGUCCGCUCGAGCUACGUCGAUUAGUGUAUAUCCACCGCUUUGCACAUAGCACCGGGAGAGUGCGUAGCGUUCAAUGAAAAAAAAAAUGGUAGUUAUUUGGGUGUAGUCGGGGAGAAAAUUUUCUGCAACACCAAUGUGAGUACCGGCUGGCUAAACGGGAUUUCCAAGUGCUGUUUGUCGAUACAUCGCGGGGCUAGUAUGACCGGGUGCGUGUCGGAGGUAAUGAGAAUACGAGCGAGCGGACGGACGCUCGUACUCCCUCGCAUGAAAGCCCAAGACCGAAAUUCUUUCAGCUCUUUGGACAUUAGAAAUUUUUUAACUAGUUUAGCAAUUAGUACAGCAAGAUACAUAGUCUAAGCCAACAAGAUGUUGCAGAUAUGGGUAUUUUAACAAAUAUCUUGUAAGAAAGACUGCUUGUUAAAAACAAAUUAUCUUGGACGAAAAAGUUUUAUGUUGGUUAUCUUAAGAAGAUAAUGAUUAUUAACUUUAUAUCGAAGCGAAGCUGAGCGAGAAAUAGGUGCGAGAAAUUGGUGAAAAUAAUUUUGUGAAGUAAAAUCUUGAACAAAGUUGGUUAUGUGCAAUGCCGAGAUGUUACAAUGACAGCAAGACAGUGAGUUCAGUGAACAGCAAUCAUACGCACAGUAUAGACGAUAUUGUAUUAACGCAAUCGCAUGGUUUUUCAAUUGGAAGCCAGUUGGAAGCAGAUGAAGAUCCGCCAGUAGUUGAGAAAUCCCACAGACGACUUCGGUGUGACUUGAGUCCAGUUCCAACAAGUGGAAAUUCUAAUUUGAACAUAAAACUGUUUGGUUUGAAGAGCGAUAAAGGUACUCGUCAGGAUCAUCAGGUGAGCACUGGCUUCGGGGGGCACAGAGAAAAAGAUAGGGAUACUAAAAAGAAAGCAGCAAUAGGCAAUACAGUGCGUGGAUUCCUCUCAUCUGGCCACAGCAGGCAGGACAGGUAUGAGACUAACAGGCAACGUACUUCGGGUGGAACUGGUGGUGGCUUAUCUAGUUUAUGUCCUAAGCUGGUGGCCAGUGGAGGCAGUGGUAGUCAAAGUGGUAUCAGUUUAGCAGUGGGCCACAUAGCCUCUCAGGAAAGCGGAGGCCCCUGUGCAGUUGUAACGACUCAAAGAAUUCACGGUCACGCACAUAAUCAUAGACGCCAAAGAAAACUAUCUAUUGUCACCCAAGCAGGUUCUAGUGCCAAUGCUACUGGUGAUAGGAAGGUAUUAUCCAGUAUAAGUCGCACCUCUAGCAUCUCUAAAAAACAAAUUCGAACACAGCGACAUGAUCAGAGUACUGAAGCUUUGUCUAUAAAUAGUAACGGUCUUGCGGCUAGCUCGCCAUCUUCCAAAAAGAAAAUAAUUUCCACGUUACGUAUCUCUGAAAAGUCACCUGUCCAAAGUGUGAAUUCUUCAUCAUCGUUGGAUCAUGAAAAUGAUCGUAGCUUUAGUGAUGCUGAAGAAGCAAUUACAGCAACGGAAAACGUACUUGCAGCACCAGGGUCUAGUUCUACGCCUUCUACGCCAAUUAGUAAAGUAAAAUCCGCCAAAUUCGUUAAGAAUGAGGAAGAAAAUGUGGAAGAAAAUAUUCUCGAAGAAUGUACUAAUCUGCAGCGAAAUACUGAAGAUGUACAACACGUAACUUCAAAUGAGCUUGAACAACAAAAUGAUAUGCCACUAAAACCGUCUAUGGUGCACAAAUCGCAGACAGCUAAUCAGGAAAAUAUCGCAAAUAUUAAACAAAAAUCGUUAUCGAAUUCUACCGCUGGCGCCAAAUCGAUUAGUGACCAAAAAGUUUCGAAACGUAAAAGCGUAAAUUCCGCGGACAAAAUGAUCGAGCAUCAUAGUAGUAAAGAUAUCGAGUCGGUUAACAUAGAGAAGGAUUUAGAUGAUACUACAACAGACACCGAAGCGAAUCCUACAGACAAUAGCAAGGGUAAACAGGCGAAAAGUAGAAAAUCUAUCGGCUACGCGGAUAGUGGUGAUGACGGUGUGGAUAAAGAGACUGCGAAUGCUAUGAAGACUGUAUUUAGUGAUGAAAGGGAAACGGGGGAUAACGCGGGACCGAGUGAAGAAGUAAUUAAGAGUUCGAGGUUCGUAACGUCAAAGGUACCGGAAGAAAUAACGGAAGCGGAAACCAAAACGGCGGAUGUAGAGAAAGAGGUGGAAGAAGAAAGGAUGACUAUAUUCGACGACGAUGGUACUAGUAUCAGUGAUAUUGUGGCAACACAGGCGCUUCACGAAUCGUUGAGUAAGUUGGGUAAAGUUCCGCCGUUAGAUACUAAAAUGGAAGAAGUACAGAGUACAGAUUUGCAAGACAAGACGAAGGUAGAGGAGCAAUCCGAGAAGGAUAUGGUGGCACAGGAAGAAACAGUGGAGGGUUUUAUCGGUCCUUUACUCGACGAAAACUUUAAAGUUGAUGAGAAAUUGUCGCAGAAAACAAUGGCGAUGGAGGAGGUUCAAAAUUUAUUGAAGAGAGCUAGAGUUCAAGCUGUCGAAGACGACGACGACGAAGAAAAGGCUGUAGGUAUUUCACCCGAUGGAAGAUUUUUGAAGUUCGAAGAGGAGAUCGGUCGUGGUAGUUUCAAGACUGUUUAUCGCGGUUUGGACACUCAAACGGGCGUAGCUGUAGCCUGGUGCGAAUUGCAGGAGAAAAAGCUGAAUAAAACAGAGAGACUGAGAUUCAGAGAGGAAGCUGAAAUGUUAAAGGGAUUACAGCAUCCGAAUAUUGUAAGAUUUUAUGAUUAUUGGGAAGUCACACUUACCCGUAGAAAAUAUAUUGUGCUAGUCACUGAACUUAUGACAUCAGGAACACUGAAAACGUAUUUAAGAAGAUUUAAGAAGAUCAAUCCCAAAGUACUGAAGUCCUGGUGUCGACAGAUCUUGAAAGGCCUGAGCUUCCUUCAUUCUAGAUCACCACCGAUUAUCCAUCGUGAUUUAAAAUGUGAUAAUAUUUUUAUUACGGGUACGACGGGAAGCGUGAAAAUUGGCGAUUUAGGUCUUGCGACAUUGAAGAACCGGAGUUUUGCGAAAAGCGUUAUCGGCACGCCAGAAUUCAUGGCGCCUGAAAUGUACGAAGAACAUUACGACGAAUCGGUCGAUGUGUAUGCGUUUGGAAUGUGUAUGCUUGAAAUGGCCACAAGUGAAUAUCCAUAUUCCGAAUGCACAGGACCAGCGCAAAUAUACAAACGCGUAGUAUCGGGUGUUAAGCCACAGAGCUAUGACAGAGUUGAAAAUCCGGAAGUGCGCGAUAUCAUAGAUUUGUGUAUACGUCUGAAGAAAGAAGAACGACCGCUCGUUAAGGAUUUGCUCAAUCAUGAGUUCUUCGCUGAUGAUGUCGGAUUGAAAUUGGAAAUGGUCUCGCGUGAUUCGGCAGUUGCAGAUCCCGAGCUAUCGCGUGUUGAAUUUCGAUUGCGCGUGCUGGAUCCCAAAAAACGCACUAACAAACACAAAGAGAAUGAGGCGAUCCAAUUCGAUUUUGACAUACAAGCCGAUAACGCAGAGGAAGUGGCGUUAGAAAUGGCGAAAUCCAGUCUCAUAUUGGAAGAUGACGCUAAAGCAGUAGCCAAAAUGUUAAAAUCACAAAUUAGCGCUUUGCUGAGAGAAAGAGAGGAACGUAAAGCCAAAGAAGAGAAGGAGCGCUUGGACAGAGAAACGGUCACAGCAACCGAUGCGGCUAACACCGCGAACGCUGAGAACUUGUUGCAGCAACAGUUGUUACUUCAGCAGAUGCAAUUGCAGCAGCAGCAGCAGCAACAACAAAUUCAAUCUAAUAUCAAUAUGCAGAUGCAAAAUCAAGUUCCGAUGCAAUUGCAGCAAUCGCAAAUGCCCAUUCAACAGCAACAACUGCAAUCUGCUGCGCAACCGGCUCAACAACAUACCUUGCAACCUCAGCAAGUUCAGUUGGUUCAACAACAACCGAUAAUUCAACAGCAAACGUCAGUUGUGCAACCCCAGCAAGCGCAACAGAUGCAAUAUCAGCAGCAGAUACAGCAGCAGUAUCAACAACCGCAGCAAUAUCCUCAGCACGUGCCGCAAAGUUUAAGCGCAAAUUCUCCACAGUGUUCAACUCCACAAAACGUUCAGAGUCAACCUCAAUUUCCUCAAAUACCCCAACAAAUACAACAGCAGCAGCAACAGCAACAGUUGCAUCAACAACAGCAAUACAUACAAUUGAAUCAGAUGAGCGUGCCGCAACAAAUUCCUCAUCAGAUGCAGCAAAUGCAGCCGCAAAUGCAAAUGCUGUCCCAACAGCAGCAGCACAUGCUUCAACAACACGCUCAACAACAACAAUACGCGACGCAACCGCAGAUCCAGCAUGUUCAGCAGCUGCAUCAGCACCCUGUUGGUUCAUCCCCUGUUCAGAACUCGCAAUACUAUCAACAGAAUGCAACAGGUUCUUCGGGAUAUGUGUCAGCUGGUCCUUUGUAUCAGCAGACCAUGCCACAGAUAUUUCAUACAUACACCACAUCUAAUCCUUCCAGCCAUGUAGAAAUUUUAUCAUCCACUCAGACGGCAACGCAAAUUUAUUCACACGCGAGUUUACCCGCUGCUGCGAUACCUGCGUCGUCCCAGUCGCAAUACAUCCAACCAACAGGACAGGUUCAGGCAUCCAUUCCGUCGGGGUUGAAUGUCAACAGCUCGUCAACUGUGACCCACAUGCAAAAUGUGCCGACCUCGACGAUUCCUAACAUGCAAAGCGCACCCGCUUUACUUGGCAAUACCAGUCAACCUCAGCCGCAGCCUCAAUCUCAACAGAAUAUUCUCGUGCAAAUGCAAUAUCCGCAAAAUGCGAACGUUAUAUCUAGUUCCAUUUCAAUGACGCCUAAUGUUACGAACAUCUCCAUGCAACCGACUGCAACUAAUCUACAACAGCAACAUCAGCAACAACAAUUUCUUUCGAAUGCAGAUCAAUGUCCCGCAACCGACAAGUCUUCCUUGGUAAAACAAGAUACAAUGGACUCGAUACAGUCAUUGCCACCGGACGCACCGAUCAGUUUACAGCAAGAUCAAAUUGGUGUAUCUACUUCCGUUGUAACGAACGUCGCGCAACAACAACAGCAGCAGCAGCAGCAGCAGCAACAGUUUGUAGCGAACGACGGAACCACACUCGAGAGUUCCGAGAGUGUUACCACUUCCGAGAGGAGUCGAGUCAAACGUUCGGGAACCAAACGUAAAAAACCGGGCAUUAAAUUAACAGUCUUGUCUGUCAGUAACAGUGAGGGGCAGUCGAUGACCGUCGAGUGCCAGUUAGAUACGAGUAAACAAAAAACUGUUACCUUCAAAUUUGAUCGUGACGACAUGGUACCCACAGACAUUGCCAAUAAUUUGGUCGCAGAAAAUCUGUUACCGCAGUCUCAGUGCGAAACGUUUAUAGAAUUAAUUGAAGAUAUCGUCAAACAAUUACGCUUGGACCCCGCACGUUCUUUACCUCUAGUAGCGCACGGCCCGCCCGACCAGUCUGCCGGUGGAAGUCCAGUCACAAGUCGACGACCCAGAGAUCGCGACCACAGUCUCGAUACAGCUAAGAGAGACGAAACUUCAAACACUUCUACCCCGACGAAAUUAUUGCCAAUCGACCAAAUUAUUUCUCAUAUUGCCAGCACCACAUUGGAGAAGCAGCAAGUCGCUCAAACGUCCGACAGUCAAACGGGCGCCGAAAACACGUCGGCGGAGGCCUCUAGACGAUCAUCCACGUCUACGCAAAAUACCGAUACUUUAACUCCCACGAAUAUACCGAGCGAUCCGACAGACAAUCAAGAAACUGUUAUUUCCGCGGAAACGGUCGUUGAGGCGCAUAAUAUUCAAGAUGACGCCAGUAAUUCAGCUUUUAAAUCUUAUCUUAAAAACACUACAACAAUUCAAGCUCAGAUGCAAAUCUCAGACGCGGGUAGUAUGAACGAAGUGUCGAUGUCCAAAGAAUCUCAAGAGCAGCAAGAUGUUGUGGAUGUGAAAGAAUCUGACGUGGUCAAAGAGACAAAUGCAUCUGAUGUAUCUGCAGAGGUGUCCACUCUGACGGUACCAGCACCAACGCGUAAAGUUUCUCGGUUCUUAGUUAGUCCCGUUGUCGAACAGAAGAAUAUCGCGGCUGAAGAGGAAGCCUCUUCCGUUGCCAACGCUUGUGUCGAAGGUGCGGAUCGUGCAAACGUUGCAACGUCGCAACAAUCCGUUUUGUCGACAACAAACGUAGAAUCUGCCUUGAAAAGUGACGAUCACGCGGAAACAAAUGUUUCAGAAGCUCAACAAACUGCGACAAUGCGCGAACAACCUAGCGGUAAUGAAAUUGUUCAGGCGGUCCCGUAUGCGGUCCCGGUUGAACAAACAGAUAACACUCAGCAGGUCUUACAGCAAGGACAACAACCGAUUGGAUUGCAACAGAAUAUCAUACAAGUCCAAACUGUGCAACAAAUAACAGGACACAUGCAGCAAACCACAAUCGGACAAUCGAACCAACAACACACUAUAAUCGUACAGGGAGCUACAAUAACUUCCCAACAAAUACCUCAAACUAAUAUGCAGCAGUUCGUGCCGGUAAAUCAGCAGAAAGAAUUACACGCUCAACCAAUUCACAUGAAUGGAAUAGCUCAGGUACAGACGCAGUACUCGAAUCAGGCGAUAGUACAAUCUGGUGUUGUGAUGCAACAGUCGCAACAAGCAAUUCCUGUGCAGCAGAGCGGAAUGCAUAUGCAAACGGUCGCGGCGAUGGCGGAACAUCAGCAUCACUCUCAGAUGCAAGCUCAACGUCCACCAACGGUACAGCAAUUCGUUCCGCAGCAAGUGCAACCGCCGAUGCAGCAAUACGUAAUGUUAUCGGGACCCAUGCAGCAAUUACAGCCAAAUAUUACGGACGAUCGAAAUCGCAGAGUAUCAAACAUAUCUACCACGUCCAGUGUAUCUGUGGACUCGCAGAUGUCGGAAUCGUCUAGCAUACCUGAAGAGAAGAAGCAAAGUGCUACAACCGCGACUAAUGUGCCCAUGAUGCAUGUGCAACAUGUACAAUCUGUCCCACACGAUGUACCGAGCACAAUGCAGGGCGUGGAAACUGCUCAGCAAGUUCAAACCGCUCAUCAGAACGUGCACGUUCCACCUGCUGUAGCUCCACCUGUGUCAGCACCAAUUUCCGUACAUCCGGUCGUUGUUACUGAUGUUUCCGCGUCCAAAGUCACAGUGAAAACGAAAGAAGUUUCCUCGACGCUUCCGGAUCUUGCGCAAAAUUUAGCGAAUAUACUUUCAAAUCCGAAAUCGAAAUCUGUCACGCCUCAUCCUCUGACCAACCACGAGUCGACCGCUGCUCCCGCUGUCGCGGCUUCUACAAUGACCGAAUACAGACCUAUACAAUCCGAACAAUAUUUUCAACCUAUACAACCGGAAGUGAGCCAGAUGCAACCGUGUGUUCAACAAACUUAUCAAGGACAGAUAAUGCAGGGAUAUCAGGGACAACAAACUUUCCAACAGACCUUUCAAAAUCAGCAAGUGCUUCAUCAGAAUCAAACCUCAUUACCGCAGUCGAUUCCGCUAACCAUUCCUCAGCAAAUCGCUGAUAUGCAGUCACAAAUGACUCAAUCGACUCUUCAGAGUGUAUCAUCGGGUCAGUCUCAAGGAAAGUGGAUAGUUUCAUUCAAUCAGAUUCCUUUGCAGCAGCCGAUGCGGCAUGUACAGCCGAAUCAAUCGCAGCCUCUCCAAACUCAGCUGCAGCAAAUUCCGGUGCAACUGCAAAUGCAACAACCGCAGAUUAUACAGGAUCAACAACAUAAUGAAUCUUCAGUCGCGUUUGAUCAAUCUCACCUGUAUCUAAAGCUUCCGGAACAACAUCCAGUAAAACCCUUGGAGAUUGAGAGUUUGGAAUCUUCGAAUUUAAAUUAUGUACAACGUGUCAGUUCUGAUUGCCAGUUGCUAACGUCUGAAAACGAUAACUCUAGUCACGAUGUGACGCCUGAGCAUACACUCGUUGAAUCGAUGGAUCCUACGUCGAUUCUGCAACAACAACUGUCGUACCAGCAACUGCAGCAACAACAGCAACUGCAGCAGCAACAUCGUAAACUCAGUCAACAAAAUUCGUUGGACAAGGUGUCGGAUAUCAGCAGCGUUGGAAGUGGUACGGGACCGCAGACUAUAGCCGAUUUGCAACAAAAACUCGUACAAUUGACCAGUCAGCCGUCGGAAUCGUUGAACGUCAGCACGCCACCUAUAAGCUAUCCCGCCACGCCUCAUAAUCAUCAAUUAGUAGGAGGAUAUGAUGCGUAUAUGCAUUCUUUGCAACAGAAACUGUUCAACAUUGGUAUGCCAGUUUCAUCCACGAAUGCUGUGUGUUUGUUGUCUCCUCAACUACAUUCCUCUACUAUUUUGACUGACACGCAAGUCGAUGCGACGGCUAUCGACGGCCCCGCGAUUACGCAAGAAAGCUCGGGCACUUCUGGACUUUCUCAAACCAACGCGGAAUGCUCCCUCGAUAGUCCAACACCGGCAGUUCCUUCGGGACCUGAAAAUAUGAGUCCGAGCAAGGAAAAUGUCAAGAUGAAGGUUCAAAGACCGGGUUCUCGUUUGCAAGAAUUGGAGCAGGAAUUAGCAAAGAUUCAUCACAGAGGAUCCGUUUUUGUAGCUCCAGUACAGCCGUUAGCUCCAUCUGUGUCAACGAUUAAUCCCGUACAAGUGCAACAGCCCGCGCAAAAUUUGUUGACGACCGCUUUGCCAGCGUCGACGGUACCUGUGGCUACCGUCACUCCUAGCAUUGUGGCGUCACGAUCUGAUACAAAUACUCCAGUUCAGACAGAACUCCAAGAAAAUGAGAAGGCAAAUCCUACACAACCUACCCGAAAAAUAUCAAGAUUCGUGGUUUCCAAAGUUGCGGGUCCGCCUGCUCAUGCUAAUGCUGCUGCUAUUAAUCAACAGGGUGAAAAUGCGAAGACUCAAUCACAACAAGUAGAAGAAUUAAAAACCUUAGAACGGCAAAAUGUUCCUUUUCACCAUACAGAUGACCUGCAUGGUGUACCUGUCCAAGUACCUCAUAGCCGAGAGAAUUCUGUCCCACCAGCUGUACAAACACCUCAUAGCACUAACAUUUCAAAUAUUGAACUUUCUGAGAAGGAAGAAAGAUUUGUGGCUCUUACACCAAGUGAGGAAUAUCAACUUCUAAUAAAAAGGCAAACCUUGGAAUUAGAAACGCUGCAGAGAAGACACAGGGAAGAGUUAGAACGUUUUCAGCAACAUCAGCUACAAUUGCUUAUUCAACAGCAGCAACAAGCAAGCGCGCUUCAUCAGCAUCAGCAUCAUCCGUUGCUUUAUCACACCGUUGCGACAAAUAUCUCUGGACCUAGAAUUCCAGGUACAGAAGACUAUUUGAUGUUCAGUACAGCGCCGCAAACGCCACUACAAAAAGGAUCGACCAACUAUCCGGACACGGAAGAGACUUUACGGCUGGCCACGCAGAGAUUGAAGCAAACCCCGCUGCAACUCCAACCGCAGCAGGCAUCGGCUGGAAUACCGCACGCUUAUGUUAUUCCAAUUCCAGUAGUGCCUUCUGAAAAUAUGCAAAGUGUAGUUUCUCAGCAGGGCUCGAAUAAUUGCUCGAAUGAUAUAUCUGAGAAUAUUGAUUCGACGCAUAGUUCGGCAGUUAACAAUCCGGCGCAGUAUCAAUUCGCUCCUAUAUUGUCAGAAGGAGCGAAUGUUCCGUCGGUGACUGGACCGUUACCUGCGCCCCUACCGAUAUCCGGCUCCGCGGGAGCUGCUGCUUACAUUCAAUAUCACGACGGCCAGCCGUUAUCGAAUUUUCAAACUUUUAGUUACACCCCUCACGGCGGUUUCUUUUUGCCAGCUGGAUACCGGCUGAUAUACACACCGCCCACUGGGACAACUCAAUCUCAGCCAGCGACGCCCGCCGCUCCUCACGUAGCAAAUUCUUCUUCGCGCGAUGACACGCCUCCAACAGCUCAGGAACUGCAUCAUUCGACCACCGCCGAAAACCCAACAACAGUUAUUUCUUCGCAUUCGGAUCAAUAACGCAACACUCGGUUCACGCGCUUUUAUAUUAUCCGCUCGAUCUGUGCUCAUUCUUAGUUUAAUGCUCGUUUAUCUUCUAAUUAGUGCGCAACAAAAGAGUUUCGCGUUAUUAUCUCACGAAUAUAUAACCAAAUAUAUAUAUAUAUACAUAUAAUUUGUGCUAUGAAACUACGCUAGACGCCCGUUUAGACAUUUAUUAUUAUCGCGAGGCGAGGAUGCGAAAACGGAUUGAAAUAAAGAAAAAAAAAAAAAAAAAAAAAAAAAAGCGUGCGUGAAAGUAUAAAUGUUUUUUUUUUUUUUUUUUUUUUUGUCUUCAUGUACGGCGCGUUCUCGCACUUAUAUUAAUAAACAAAAUAUCAAAUAUUCUCGCUAUUACGAGCGUGUGCAUGAUAUUAUUUUGAUAUGUGCCUCGCAGAGCGGAAGUUGAAGCGGAAAUAUAAUGCAGGAUCGCGGAAGAAGCGAUAUUCAAAGUUUUCCGAGCGCAAGAGAACAUGAGAUAGAGGCCUUUACGUGUACUGUGCUUUGAUGCGUGAGAAAGAUUAGUGAACGAGAGUGAAAGAGAGAAAGAGAGAAAAAAAAAAAGAAAAAUCUUCCUUCACACCGAAACCUUCUUGAAAAAGGAUUCUAACUAUUAUUACCCAAUUCCUUUAGCGUAGCACAGAUCACAUUAGUACAGGCCUCCGCUAGUCUUAUGGUCGAAAUGGCACACGGCCAUUCUACUUCGAUUAUAUAUGUGUAACUGUCACUGUGCAUGUCGAAUGUCAGAAACACAAGUGGGAAAUAGAGAGGCCAAGGCGAGUGUGGACAAAAAGGCAAGGGCCAAAGUAGGAAAACUAGAACGAAAGAAAACGAAGGAAAGAAAAAAUGAAUGAGUGAACGAAUGAAUGAACAAGUCGAUUUGAAUAAGUGAGCAAAUGAAUGAAAACGAACGACUGUGAGCGAAUGUGAUAAAAACGAACGAACGAACGAACGAAUAAACAUAUAUUACAUGUAAGAGUGUAAGUCUAUGCGAAUAUGUGUGUGUAUGUAUGUAUGUCACGGAAGUAAAUAGGCAAAGAGAAAAUAUGAUAUAGUCACUGUUAUGCUUUAAUGUGUAUUUCUAGCGAUUUUGCCUAUUUCGAUUAAAGAAAAAAAAAGUCAUGUGUUACUAGUUAGCAAACCUAUAUAUCUCUCGUUUACUAUAUUGAUGAUUAUUAUUUCUCUUUUUAAAGCUGGUAGCUGUUUUAAGUGUAUCAUUGUUUAUUUGUAAUUGAAAAAUUAUCCGAUGCCAUUUGUAGAUCAUCAAAUGUUGACAGUUUUCAACUAUUAGCGUUUUAAUCGAUCUGAUUAAUAUAUAUUAUUACACUCUGUCAACAUAUAUAUACAUAUAUAUAUAUAUAUAUAUUAGAGAGGUUUCUUUUUUAGUUUCUUCGUGAUGUAUACGGAUUUUUUCAGGCAGUAAAACAUUCAAUUGUCGUUUUUAGUCGCAACACAAAUUGCCGGACAUACAUCUUUUGUUUGAGUAACAAUAAUUUGGAAACUGCUUUUACACAAAAACACGAGUGUCAUGCGCAUUGAAGUUGCUUAACAAAAGUAUGUAUAACAUUUUGUACGCGUUGAAAAAAAAAUUCAGAUGUUUUUUAAUUUAUAUAAUUGUCAAUAAUUUGAACAUUCACUAGUGUUAGUCCAAUUACUGCAACAUGUUACAUGUACAUCCGAAAAAAGAAGUAAUUUAAAUUAUUCAUUUUGAUAACAUAACUCUCAUGACUGUAUUCUUAAAAAAAAAGUGGCAACUUUGUGGUGAAAACAUUAAAAUUUCCUUUUAAGUAUAAGAUCUUUUGGUGCUUUUUAUCUUACAACAUUACGUUAAAAAUCUGUUAAAUGUUCUUAAGAAAUUGCAAUAGAGUUUAUUAUAUUAUACUUGACUUGAGGCAUAGAUUAUUAUUUUUUUUUUUAUAUUAUGUAUAAGAUAUACUUGUGUCGAGAAAGGAAUGAAAUAUAGUAGGCGUGUACUCAUUUAAUUGUCAUCAUUACGUACAUAGCGUAUGAGUUUACUAGAUGUUAGUUUUUAAGUGGGUCCUUUGUUACUGUGAGAUUUUCCUUAGCCUGUGUGCGUAAACAUAUUUGUCUCUUUUUUAAAAACAAUAUCGAUGUUGCAUUACAUACAACAAAUCUCAAUUGUACAAUAAUUUGAUACCGAAAAACAUGUCUAUUUAUUAUAUUAUGUCAGAAGUCUCGUUACAUACUUAAGAAAAAGAAGAAAUAAGUAGUCGAUAAGAUUGAUUUGGAGAAAAUUAUUCGAAGAAGACUGAAAAAUUUUCUGAGAAUACACACAGUUUUAAUUGUCAAUCGAGUAUCUACAUAUGUAUAAACUUACAGCAUAUAUUGUCAGAAAUAUAUCGUUUUAUGUUGCUCGU